AAUACUAGCAGAGAGAGAGAAAAAAUAGAAGAGAUCUGAAGAGGGGUCUGACUAGUUUCUUCUCUCAAAAAAUCUCUCUUUUGAACGGCCCUCCCUAAUUUUUGUCAAAAAGGGUAUAAUAGAGCGAGGGGUAACAGUCUUUUCUCUAAAUCUUUGCAUUUUGUUUUUGCUAUACUCAGAUCAGGCACUUCUCGGUUUGUAUUUCAUUGAAAUAUGGGUGUAGAGGUGGAAGCUAAGUUAGUUCAUGUUCCAGUUGAAGCUGGAAGUGAACAGAUCAAUCUUCUGAAAGAAAAUGGAAUGCCGAAUCAUGUUUCAGGGAUUACCGAGCCAAUAAAAUUCGGCUCUCAUGGGACUGAAGAACCUAAGAAGGAGGAAGUAAGCAGAAUUCCUGUGAGCAAUGUUCCAAAGGAUGCGGUUGAGGAUUGGCCUGAACCUCAGCAGAUCCAUUCGUUCUAUACUGUUAAAUUUCGGAGAUUUGACGACCCAAAACUGAAGGCCAGAAUUGAACUGGCUGAAAAAGAGCUACAGAAAAAGAACCAAGCUAGAUCUCAGAUCAUUGAAAAAUUGAAGGCCAAAAGGGCUGAAAAAUCAAUUUUCAUUGAACAAAGGAAAGCCCUCAGUGCUGAGAAUAAGGAAUUUUGGAGUGCUAUUGAUGGUAAGAUAAAGGAAAUGGUACCUCUGCAUGAGGCCCUGGGCCAGCUCCGUGGUUCUAGGAAUGCAGGCCGAGAGAGGGGUCCUACAGUGUGUUCAUCUGAGGAGGAGCUCAAUCAUCUUAUUAAGGGUCUGCAAUACCGCAUUCAGCAUGAAAGCAUUCCUCUGAACGAAGAGAAGCAAAUUCUUCGGGAAAUCAAACAACUUGAAGGAACAAGGGAAGAUGUUAAAAAGGUUGCUGCUGCAAGGGCACAAAUUCAUGAGACGAUGGGUGAAAAAGAAUCAAUCCAGAACCAGGUCAAACUUAUGAAUGUUGGCUUGGAUGGAGUUCGUAAGGGGCAACAGGAAGUUAAGGGCAGGCUUAAGAUAAUAGAUGAUCAGAUUGAUGCCAUAAACAAACAGAUCGGCAUAUUGGAUGAGGAAUUGAAGGGCGUUGUGGAGAAGAGGGACAAGACUUAUGAACAUAUUCUGGAAUUGAGAAAACUGCGUGAAGAAGGGAAUUCUUCUUUCUACCAAAACUCCAACGUGUUGCACAAAGUGAAACAACUUGCUGAUCAAAAGGAUGUUGGAGCCCUUAAAGAGCUCUCAGUUACAGAGGUCGACAAGUUCAUUUCUCUUUGGUGUGGUAGUAAGUCUUUUAGAGAUGACUAUGAGAGGAGACUCUUGCAGUCGCUUGAUAUUAGGCAGCUGAGCAGGGACGGCAGGAUGAGGAAUCCUGGUGAAAAGCCACUGGUGUUACCAGAAGCACCUACUGUCUCCCGUGCUGAAGUUCCAGCAAGAGCUAAUGCAAAACCCGUUAAGGAAGAUCAUGCACCCGUUGAUGCUGCUCCGAUUCAGAAAGAACAGCAAGAGAAGAGUGGCAAGCAGCUGAAUGAUGCUCAUGGUAAAAACACAAAAAGCACAGAGAAAAAAGCUGUCGUUGUUGAUGACGAGGAAAUCUAUGGUUUGGACCUACCCAAGGAUAUUAAGCCCAAGAAAACCGAAGUUGAUGAGGCUACACUGAAGGAAAUGAAGAAAGAGGAGGAGAUAGCAAAAAAUAAACAGGCUAUGGAGAGGAAGCGUAAGUUGGCCGAGAAAGCAGCUGCAAAAGCUGCAAAGAAAGCUCAGCUAGAAGCUGAAAAGAAGCUCAAGGAACGUGAGAAGAAAGCAAAGAAGAAGGGUGGAUCUUCUGCUGCUGGUCAGGAACCAACCGAGGAACCAACUGAAACACCUGAGGAAAUUGCUGAGGAAGAAAAUGCAGAGGAGACUGUUGAAGCAACUGUUGCACCCAAGGUCAAGGCACGGAAAGAGAACACCAUCAGGCACAGAGCAACACGCGCAAGAGGCUCCGAGCUUCCCAAAUCUAUGCUAAAGCGCAAGAAAGCAACAAACUACUGGCUAUGGGCGGUUGCUCCUGCUGCACUCGCGAUUCUGGUACUUCUAGUCAUCGGAUACAUGUAUCUUCAAAAGUAGAAAGAGGCGGG